AUGGUCUGCCUUCAAAAAGGAAAAGAUCAGACCUCAACAUUCACUGGUAACUUUGUCUACUAUAUCCAGUCAGUGCUCCCAGAUGACAUUGUCAAAGCAGUCCUGGAGAAAAUAGGGUACGUUGCAACAACAGCAACAGAGUUUUCACUUGUCAAAAAGAGAAAUAAUGAGGAAACAAAGCAGACUGCAUUUGAAAUAUUCCUGGCAAGGAUUGAGUGCGAAACCAUCCUGGAAAUGACAAGUGAAGGAAAAGGUGGCAAUUUGGAGGAGCCCCUGCAGCAGAGAACAGAAACACGGCAGCACCAAGGAGAGCAGGACAGAGAUCACCCACCCCCGAGGGGAGACACGGAAAAUCCAGAAAAGGAAGAAAGCAGUGAGACACCUUUGUGCCUUGCUCCCCAGCAGAACUGCUCAGCUCCCUGCCCUCUGUCCUUUGAAGCUGCUGGGAAUGUGGAAAUCAAGGAUAAGUUGGCUCAGGCAGCAGGUGCUCCAUCCACCUCCAUCCCUCUGGAACUCCCCAGGCAAGGCGUCGGCUCCACGCGGCUGCCGGGGCAGUGCUUGGACAGCGAGGACUUCCUGGUCAGGUACAGUGACAUUGUCAUAGGACAAACACCUAUUUUCAGUGAGAAUCGUUCUCCAAGGGCUUUUGAGACAGAGCCAAGAGCCAGUGUGAGUGAGGAAUGUGCCUUGGCUGCAGAGCCCCGGGGGGCUGAGCUGGGCCCUGUGCCGCUGUCCCCAGGAGCCAGCGGCCCCCCAGCCUUUGCCAUGUUUGCUGACAGCCCCUGUGACAGCUCAGCCCCCGUGGAGUUCAGAGCUCCACAACUGCCCCAAGAAUCCAUCGAAGCAGAAAUCAAGGAUGCCAUGAACUGCAUAGACUCAGACCCUGCCGAUGGACCCGCUGAGCUGAAGUCUCUGCCCUACACGGACUUUGCCUCUGCCCAGACUGUCCCCAGGGAGGAGGAGGUUUGUGAUCUGUCCUUAACUUUCACAAAACUACAGAUCAAGGACACUCAGGAAGAUCUGAUGUAUCCAGUGGAGGAAACUGGCCAACCUGUAGCAGCAGCAUGUGCCAGCGACAGGCACAGAAGAGAAUUUAAUCACUCCAAAAUCAAACACACAUAUCUGGCUGAUGCUGAGCCAUCCUCAGACCUGUGCUGUACUGCUGGGAACACGGAGCAUUCCACCACUGGUUCUGAUGGCAAGAGACUGUUCAUGGAUACUGGUAACACACACAGAGCCUCUGAGGGCUUCAGGCACAUCAGAGAGCCCCCCAACCUCACCUACAUCCCACCACAGAGUAUCGAUGUUCGGCCUUCACAGCCAAGAAGGACCUGCACACAGGACAGAAGGACCCUCCUGCAGCCUGAACCUGACCCUCCUGAAUCCAGUGAAGUAACUCUGGAGAACUGGAAUUCAGAACUGAGUGAAAACCAGGAGCCUUAUGUCAUUAUUGACAGGACCGACCAAGGAAUGUUAUGCCAUCACAUUUGAGUCUACCAGUGCUUUAUCUCUAAUCUGCCUAGGGUUUUUGCCUCUCACUUGUGGCCUUGAUCAUCUUUUCAAGGAGAUGAUUAGUUUUGUCAAAACAGUUUAAAAAAAACCAAAACCACAUCACUGCUUUUGGACAGUAAAAAACAGGA